AUGGCGGCUUCGCCUGCUAAGUUCUUCUUCGGAUUCCUGAUUGCUUCCAUCGUCUUGUGGAUGAUCUUCAUACUGUGUUCUAGAUUGUUUGCCUUGUUUCUUAGUCGGGUUCUGGGAGCGUCCGUUGUGUUCCGUGUUGGCGGAUUGAAAUGCCUCAGGGACGUCGUGGUGAAGUUUAAUAAGGGUGCCAUUGAGUCGGUGUCCGCUAGUGAAAUUAAAAUAAGCUUUCGCAAGUCAUUGGUCAAACUUGGCCUUGGGAAAGUGCAACUUUUGAUAUGUGAUCUUGAAGUCGUGAUGAGGUCCUCAACUUCAACAGAAAGUCUACCAAAAGUCAAAAGUCAUAAAUCUAGUACUCCAGGCAGGGGAAAGUGGUAUAUGGUGGCUAACAUUGCGAGAUUUCUUUCAGUUUCCGUUGCCGAUAUCACUGUGAAGACCAAGAAGGCUAUAGUGGAGGUGAAGGAGCUGAAACUGGAUAUAUCUAAGGAUGGUGGGACUCAGCCAAAUUUAUAUGUUCAGCUACAUCUGAUACCGAUUCUGGUUCAUUUAUGUGAAUCACGCAUAAUUUCUGAUCAGCCGUCUACCUUAAGCUUUGAAACGUGUUCUGCUUCCCAAACAUCCCCUGCCUCAUCAGACAGGUCAUCUGCUGCAUUAUUUUGUGAUGAGCUCUCUCUUUCUUCUGAGUUUGGACAUGACAGGACAGUAGGUAUUGUUUUACGAAACUUGGAAAUUAUAUCUGGGGAUGUAAUUCUGACUUUGGAUGAGGAUUUGUUUCCCAAGAGUAAAACGUCAGUUACUGCUGCUUCAUCUGCCAAGAAACCUCCCAAAGACAAUCAGCUGUUGGCAGCUCUUACAAAGCAUUCUCCAUCUUUUCCUGAAAUGGUUUCCUUCAAUUUACCCAAACUGGAUGUCAGAUGUGUGAAUCGAGAACAUGAUCUUCUUGCUGAGAAUAACAUCACAGGGAUACAACUGAGGAGUGUUAAAUCCAAAUCCGUUGAAGACACAGGGGAGAGUACACGUCUGGAUGUUCAGAUGGAACUGAGUGAGAUUCAUCUUUUCAAAGAAACUGAGUCCUCUAUUUUAGAGAUUAUGAAAGUUGAUGUGGUCUCCUUUAUCUACAUCCCAAUGCAGCCAGUUCUGCCUGUUAGAGCUGAAGUUGAUAUAAAGCUGGGAGGUACCCGUUGUAAUCUGUUGAUUUCUAGGCUCCAACCAUGGUUGCGUCUUCAUUUCUUGAAAAAGAAAAAACUGGUUCUUCAAGGGGAAACUCACACUGCUGAGAAAUCAAAAGCUGCGGAUAUGAAAGCCGUUAUAUGGACAGGAACAGUUUCAGCCCCUGAGAUGACUGUUAUGGUAUAUGGUAUUGAUAAUCUGCCAGUGUAUCAUCUUUGUUCGCAGUCAUCACAUGUGUUUGCAAAUAACAUUUCGAGUACGGGCACAGCAAUUCAUGUUGAACUUGGUGAACUGAAUCUGCAUUUGGCAGAUGAGUACCAAGAAUGCUUUAAAGAAAACCUUUUCGGGAUAGAGCCAAACUCUGGCUCGUUGAUGCAUAUAGCAAAGCUUAGCUUGGAUUGGGGAAGAAGAGAUAGGACAUCAUCUGACGAGGUUGGUUUCAGAAGUAAAGUGGUGCUCUCAGUAGACGUGACUGGAAUGGGUAUUUAUUUUUCUCUCAAGCGUGUGGAAUCUCUCAUAAAGAAUGCUAUGUCCUUCAAAGCACUUUUUAAGACAUUAUCUGUUGCCGGACAAAAGACGAAUAAGACUGGAGGAGUGCAACAGUCCAAAGCAUCUGGGAAAGGAACUAGGCUUGUGAACCUUAAUCUUGAGCGUUGCUGUGUAAAUUACUGUGAUGAUACACGUCUGGAUAAUACAGUUAUUGACGACCCUAAAACCGUUAACUAUGGAUCACAAGGUGGCCGGGUUACAUUUCGUUCAUUAGCCGAUGGCAGACCACGCACUGCGAGCAUACUGUCCACUGCUUCCGAAGAAUGUAAAAGACUGAAGUACUCAGUCUCUCUUGAAAUAGCACAGUUUAGCCUUUGUCUUAACAAGGAUAAACACUCAACGCAAAUGGAACUUGAAAGAGCAACAUCCAUCUACCAGGAGUAUCUGGAAGAGCAUAAACCUUGUUCAAAGGUCACAUUGUUUGAUAUGCACAACGCGAAGCUUGUACGUCGAUCUGGUGGUCUUAAUGAAAUUGAAGUGUGUUCUCUCUUCAGUGCUACUGAGAUUUCUCUGGGUUGGGAGCCUGACGUCCAUCUAUCUUUUUAUGAACUAUAUUUGCGGUUGAAAUCCCUGGUAUAUGCACAAAAGCUUAAAGAACAUGGAAGCGGGUACAACACAGGCAUCUCUAGUGUGAAUGGCAGCCUGAGUGAAAACACAAAUCAGUCCAAUACUGUUGAGAAGCAGAAGAAAAAAGAAUCUAUGUUUGCUAUUGAUGUGGAAGUUUUGAGGAUAUCAGCUGAGGUAGGAGAUGGGGUGGAGGUUAAAUUGGAGGCACAAUCAAUUUUUUCUGAGAAUGCCUGUAUAGGAGUGCUUCUUGAGGGGUUAAUGCUUGCUUUUAAUGGAUCUCGAGUGUUUAAAACUACAAGAAUGCAAAUAUCAAGAAUCCCUGCUGCCUCUUCGAGUUUGUCUGAUGCAGUCCCUGUAGUGGGUCAUUGGGACUGGGUAGUGCAAGGGCUUGAUGUGCAUAUUUGCAUGCCUUACCAUCUACAGUUGCGUGCCAUAGAUGAUUCAGUUGAAGAUAUGUUACGAGCCUUGAAACUUAUAACUGUAGCGAUAGGCAAAAACUUUUUUUCAAGAAAGAAAGAAAGCUCAAAGCCUAAGAAAUCUAGUCCGAAAUUUGGCCGCAUAAGAUUGUGCAUACGCAGGCUAAUCGCAGAUAUUGAGGAAGAACCAAUGCAAGGUUGGCUUGAUGAACACUAUCACCUGGUGAAGAAGGAAGCCUGCGAGUUGGCUGUCAGAUUGAAAUUUCUUGAAGAUUUUAUUCACAAAGCUACUCAGUCUCCUAAAGUUGCAGAAACUAGUGAUCCUUCAGCAGAUGAUAGAAAGAUGCUUUUUGAUGGGCUUGAAAUUGAUGUCGAGGAUCCUCUAGCUAUUAACAAAGUGAAGGAAGAGAUUCAUAAACGGUCGUUUCAGUCUUAUUAUCAGGCGUGCCAGGGUUUAGUUCCUUCAAAGGGUUCCGGUGCCUGUAAGGAGGGAUUCCAAGCAGGUUUCAGGCCAAGUGCUGCUAGAACCUCUCUUCUUUCUGUUUGUGCCACAGAUUUUGAUUUAAGCUUGACGGCAGUUCAUGGUGGUGAUGCUGGGUUAAUAGAAGUCUUGAAGAAGCUUGAUCCUAUUUGUCAAGAAAACGACAUACCCUUUUCUCGGUUAUACGGAAGCAAUGUUGACUUGAAAACUGGAAGCUUGGUAGUUCAGUUAAGAAAUUACACGCUUCCUCUUCUCUCAGGCACCUCUGGCAAAUGCAAAGGUUGUAUUGUGCUGGCUCAGCAGGCAACCUGCUUUCAGCCACAAAUUUCCCAAGAAGUAUACGUAGGCAGAUGGAGAAAAGUGCGAAUGUUCCGGUCAGCAACUGGCACAACUCCACCGAUAAAGACCUACUCAGAUCUGCGCAUACACUUUGAACAGGGAGAAGUGUCUUUUGGAGUUGGAUAUGAACCAGCUUUUGCAGACAUUAGCUAUGCCUUCACAGUGGCUCUUCGUAGAGCUAAUCUGAGUCAUAGGAGUCCAGGUAUUGUACCUGUCGCUAAAAAAGAACGAAGCUUACCGUGGUGGGACGAUAUGAGAAACUAUGUUCAUGGCAAUAUCACUUUAUCUUUUGGUAAAUCAAAUUGGACUGUUCUUGCUACAACGGAUCCAUAUGAGAGUCUUGAUAAACUUGAAAUAGUGACUGGUCCUAUUGAACUUCAGCAGUCAGAUGGUCGUGUUUUUGUCAAUGCUAAAGACUUUAAGAUAAAAGUGAGCAGUCUGGAGAGUUUGAUUAGUCGGCAUUCUUUAAAAGUUCCAGUCGGCACCUCUGGAGCUGCAUUUAUUGAAGCCCCAGUGUUUAAUCUCGAAGUUACAAUGGACUGGGAAUGCGAGUCUGGGAAUUCUUUGAAUCAUUACCUAUUUGCAUUUCCAAGUGAAGGAAAGCCUCGUGAGAAGGUCUUUGAUCCAUUCAGAUCAACUUCACUCUCACUUCGGUGGAAUUUCUCUUUGAGACCCGAAAAGCUUCAUCAGUCUUCCUCAGGUACUGAGCAUCCAACAGACACUGGAACUCUCUACAGUUCGCAAGACAAGCCUGAGACACCCACAAUGAAUCUUGGAGCUCAUGAUUUGGCAUGGAUACUCAAGUUCUGGGGUUUGAAUUACUAUCCUCCUCACAAGUUACGUUCUUUCUCCAGAUGGCCUAGGUUUGGAGUCGCAAGGCUUGCAAGAUCAGGAAACUUAUCUCUAGAUAAGGUGAUGACAGAAUUUAUGCUCCGUGUAGAUGCCACUCCUUCCGUGAUAAAUUACAUGCCUUGGGACUCUGAUGAUCCUGCCAAAGGAUUGACCUUUAACAUGACGAAGCUAAAAUAUGAAUUAUGCUUUAGUCGGGGGAAGCAAAAGUAUACAUUUGAGUGCAAGCGGGAUGUGCUUGACCUUGUAUAUCAGGGUCUUGACCUUCACGUGCCUAAGGCUUUUGUCAACAAAGAUGAACAUCCUUCCAUUCCAGCAAGCGUUCAGUUGAUGAGGAAAAGCUGUCAGAAUGCUUUGAUAGACAGAGUUCCUUCUGGAAAGGACCGUAAGAGGGAUGAGAAGCAUCGCGAUGAAGGCUUUCUAUUGUCUUCCGAUUAUUUUACAAUCAGAAGGCAGGCCCCAAAAGCUGAUCCUGAAAGACUUUUGGCAUGGCAAGAGGCUGGAAGAAGGAAUCUUGAGAUGACGUAUGUGCGGUCUGAGUUUGAGAAUGGAAGCGAGAGUGAUGAACACGUACGAUCAGAUCCUAGUGAUGAUGAUGGAUACAAUGUUGUCAUUGCUGACAAUUGUCAGAGGGUUUUUGUUUAUGGGCUCAAACUCCUGUGGACGAUAGAGAAUAGGGAUGCUGUUUGGUCCUUUGUUGGGGGAAUUUCGAAAGCAUUUGAAGCCCCUAAACCUUCUCCUUCUCGUCAGUAUACACAGAGGAAGAUUCAUGAAGAAAACCAAAAAGAUUCUUCUGCAGAAACGCAUCAAGGGGACAUGUCGAGAUCAUCUGCAGGCUCUGCAACAAACCUCUCUUCUCAGCCCAUUGAGAUGGCAGGACUUCCUUCAUCACCGUCACACUCAGUGAAAAUUGAGAAAUCAUAUGACGGAGCUGGUAAAGCCGAGACCAGUGAAUCUGAGGAAGACGGGACUCGUCACUUCAUGGUGAAUGUCAUUGAGCCACAGUUUAACCUUCACUCAGAAGAGGCUAAUGGUCGCUUUCUGCUGGCUGCUGUUAGUGGUCGUGUUCUAGCAAGAUCGUUCAAUUCCAUGUUGCGUGUUGGUGUGGAAGUAAUUGAGCAGGCUCUUGGCACUGGAAGUGUCCAUAUUCCGGAAUGUAGUCCUGAAAUGACAUGGACACGGAUGGAAUUUUCUGUGAUGUUAGAGCAUGUGCAGGCCCAUGUUGCUCCCACUGAUGUUGACCCAGGUGCUGGAUUGCAGUGGCUCCCAAAAAUUCGCAGAAACUCACCAAAAGUGAAGCGUACCGGGGCUCUACUUGAAAGGGUUUUCAUGCCUUGCGACAUGUAUUUUCGGUAUACUAGACAUAAAGGUGGAAACCCUGAUUUAAAGGUGAAACCACUGAAAGAACUCACGUUUAAUUCGCACAACAUAACAGCUACAAUGACGUCUCGGCAAUUCCAGGUUAUGCUGGAUGUGCUAACCAAUCUUCUCUUUGCAAGGCUUCCAAAGCCUCGGAAAAGUAGCCUCCAGUGUCCCACUGAAGAUGAAGAUGUUGAAGAGGAGGCUGAUGAAGUAGUUCCAUACGGAGUUGAAGAAGUAGAACUUGCAAAAAUUAACCUCGAAGAGAAAGAGCGGGCACGGAAGCUACUUCUUGAUGAUAUAAGAAAAUUGUCUCAAUGUUCCGACAACAUGGAAGAUACACAUAUGGACAGGGAAGGUGAAUUGUGGAUGAUUAGUACGAGAAAAUCCAUACUGGUGCAAGGAUUGAAGAAAGAGCUCUUAUAUGCACAGAAGUCUAGAAAGGCGGCUUCUGCAUCUUUAAGAAUGGCGCUGCAGAAGGCUGCACAGCUGCGAAUAAUGGAGAAGGAGAAGAACAAAAGUCCGUCAUAUGCUAUGUGCAUUUCAUUGCAAAUCAAUAAGGUGGUUUGGAGCAUGAUUGUAGACGGUAAAUCCUUUGCUGAAGCAGAGAUAAAUGACAUGAUUUAUGACUUUGAUCGGGACUACAAAGACAUUGGUGUUGCUCGAUUCACCACCAAGUCUUUUGUUGUUAGGAACUGUCUACUUAAUGCAAAGUCGGAUAUGCUUUUAUCAGCAUGGAAUCCUCCAUCCGAGUGGGGAAAGAAAGUGAUGCUACGUGUUGAUUCAAAGCAAGGAGCGCCAAAAGAUGGACACUAUCCUCUUGAGCUUUUCCAUGUGGAGAUUUACCCUUUGAGAAUCCAUUUGACAGAGACAAUGUACAGAAUGAUGUGGGAGUACUUCUUCCCGGAAGAAGAACAAGAUUCACAAAGGCGACAGGAAGUUUGGAAAAUUUCAACAACUGCUGGUUCAAAACGUGUAAAGAAAGGAUUAGCAGGUCAUGAAUCUUCUACAACUAGUCACUCUCUUGUUGAAGCAUCCCGAGUGAGCUCUGCAGCGCUCUCUGCUUCUGCCACAUCGCAGUCACAAAGCAACGCUGAUUCUGUUCACAAAUCAAAUAUGCUUAGCAUCAGAUCUAGCACUAGUGGUUCAGGUCAGGAGUUGAGAAGAACAUCUUCUUUCGAUAGGAACUGGGAAGAAAAUGUAGCCGAAUCCGUAGCUAACGAACUCGUUCUACAAGUUCACUCCUGCACCGUGACAUCUUCCGUUGAACAACAACAACAGGAGGAUUCCUCCAAACAGAAACUCAAAGAGACGAAACCUGUAAAGUCCGGCCGAUCUUCUCAUGAAGAAAAGAAAGCUGGGAAAUCACAAGAGGAGAAGAAAUCUCGGCCGAGAAAGAUGAUGGAGUUUCACAACAUCAAAAUAAGUCAAGUGGAGCUUCUAGUUACAUAUGAAGGCUCAAGAUUUGUCGUAAAUGACCUCAAAUUGCUGAUGGACACAUUUCACCGCGUUGAGUUUACUGGGACUUGGAGAAGACUCUUCUCUCGUGUUAAGAAGCACAUUAUUUGGGGAGUACUCAAGUCUGUUACAGGAAUGCAGGGGAAGAAAUUCAAAGACAAAUCACAGAACAAUAGAGACUCUACUGACAACGACCUUAAUCUAAGUGACAAUGAUCAAGCGGGGAAAUCCGAUCAAAACCAAGUGACAUGGUUUAAGCGUCAAAGCGAUGGAGCAGGAGAUGGGUUCGUUACUUCAAUUCGAGGACUCUUCAAUACGCAAAGGCGUAAAGCCAAAGCGUUUGUCUUGAGAACUAUGAGAGGCGAAGCAGAGAACGACUUCCAGGGAGAUUGGAGUGACAGUGAUGUAGAGUUCUCUCCUUUUGCUCGGCAAUUAACUAUAACAAAGGCUAAGAGACUCAUCAGACGACACACUAAGAAAUUCCGUCCAAGAUCUCAAAGAGGUUCGACUUCGCAGCAUCCAUCAUCGCCAAGAGAGACCACUGCGUUUGAGAGUGGUUGUUCAAGCGGAUCUUCACCAUACGAAGAUUUUCACAACGAGUAA